AUGAAUACUUCUUUGAUUUCCUCCUGUUAUUUGCUCCUCACUCUCCCUGUUAUUUAUGGAGCUAAGAUAUUGGUUGUGCCAGUUGAUGGAAGCCAUUGGAUCAACAUGAAAAUUCUCAUUGAAGAGCUGAGAUACCAUGGUCACAACAUUACAGUGCUUUUCUCCUCGAAGGCUUGGUACAUUAAAGAAGCUCCCAAUCUCUAUCAGUCAAUCACUGUCCAAUUGCAGGGUGGAGCUACCAAAUUUGACGAUGCAAGUGGAAUACAAUGCUUUCUAAAGAGAACAAUGACAUCCUUAAGGCAGGGCUUGACCCCAUGGGCUUUUAUUCAGGUCCAGAGUCAGACGAUAGCGCUUCUGCAUGAAUGGCACCUUUGGGCCGGAGAAUUCAUCCGGAGAAUUUUUGAAGAUGAGGAAUUAUUAAAACAGCUUGAAGCAGCGAAUUUUGACCUGGUACUCACGGACCCAGCUCUUGGGAUCGGUCCAAUGCUGGCCUAUUAUUUAAAAACCCCUUUAGUCUACAACGUUCGAUGGAUCACAAGGGGAGAAUCUCAUUUCCUUGUUGCCCCGUCGCCUCUUUCCUAUGUCCCCCUGCUCGGGUCUCACUUGACAGAGAAGAUGAGCUUCCUCCAAAGAGCACGCAACGUUUUACAACAUCUUCUUGAGCUGUUCAUUUCUGAGUUUUUUAUUCACCCCAUAUACAAUGAGGCAUGUAGGAGGUACUUAGGCACAGGCACAGAUAUAGAGACAGUUCUCCUCCAGGCUGAUGUGUGGCUUAUGAGAGUAGAUUUUGUAUUCGAAUUUCCGAGGCCCACCAUGCCAAAUAUUGUGUACAUCGGAGGGUUCCAGUGCAAGCCUCCAAAGCCAUUGCCCGCAGGGCUGGAAGAGUUUGUUCAGGCCUCAGGAAACCAUGGGAUCAUCGUCAUGUCUCUAGGGAGUCUGGUUAACUCCUUGCCGCUGGAUAUUACAAUGAAAAUAGCAGAAGCCUUCGCUCAGGUACCUCAGAAAGUGAUUUGGAGACACAAUGGGAAAAUCCCUCCCAACAUAGCCAACAACACCCUGUUGGCGAAAUGGAUCCCUCAGAAUGACCUGCUCGGGCACCCUAAGACACGUGUCUUUGUGGCUCAUGGUGGAACAAAUGGAAUUUAUGAAGCAAUCUACCAUGGGGUUCCAGUCGUUGGCCUGCCGCUGUUUUACGACCAGUUCGACAACUUGCUCCGGCUUAAGGUCAGAGGGGCGGCCAAAAUGGUGGAUGCCGCGACCAUGCAGUCAAGAGACCUACUGCAGGCUCUCAAUGACGUCAUUAACAACACAUCCUACCGGGCUAGCAUGCAGAAGCUGUCUGCUCUCCACAGGGACCAGCCAGAGCCUCCAAUGCAAAGAGCUGUUUUCUGGAUUGAGUAUGUUGCACGACACAGAGGUGCAGCUCACUUGCGCUCUGAAUUUUAUCGCCUCCCCUGGUACGCCUACUACUGCAUUGAUGUUGCUGUCUUUCUCCUAUCUGCAUUUGUAGUUGUCGCAGUCCUGUUGGUUUUCAUCUUGAGGAAAUUUUGCACUGUUGCAGGAAGAAAGAAACAAAAAACUCAGUAG